AUGCAGAAGUGGUUUUACGAAUGUCGAACCAAUGCAACCUCACACAGUAGUAUAUUGUCGUCGAGGAUGGAGAACGAGUUACAGACAACAUUUGAAGCUGGUACUAGGUUUCGAGCCCAUGAGUUAACAAACAACUUGACCCAGGUUGGAAUAUCUAACGAUACGGAGAUAGUGGACUUCUCCGACAACACGUACACCCGUCGUGAGUUUCAACUAAAUCGUAUGUCAUGUGCUCAUGCAACUCGUGUUACUACCCUGAGUGGUAAGUCAUUAUACGAUCUAUGCUCCUCGUACUAUAUAUCGAAAUACUGGAGGGGUGCCUAUAUGGAAGUAAUAUCUCCCGUUACGCGGGAAGUGGACUGGGUUGUUCCAAAUGAAAUCCUAGGUACUCCUAUUUUGCCAUCGGUUAUACGUCGUCCUCCAGGUAGACCACCCAUGCGACGUAAGCGAGCUAGAUAUGAGUCCUCUACCGAAUUGAGAAGAUGCACUCGAUGUGGGAGAGUUGGUUAUAACCGGACCAUAUGUUCGAACCCCACUGUAUCACAAGCCACUUGA